GUAGCUCUCUUUCCGAAGGCCCCCCCUUCUCCCUCCCCCUUUUCCAUCUCCUUUCCAGUUCAAGGUGGUGUUUCUAACUCCAAGCCCUCCCUUUUGGGCCGUCACUUGCGUUCUUAUAAAUCGAAAUACAAGUAUCUUUGAUUUUCUCAGUUUGCUUGUCCUCCUUUCUUAGGAUGGGGCUUCCCUGAGUUUCCCUGUUACUUCUGGAAUACCUCUGUGUUUCUCUUGGACAUUUAUUAGGUAAAGGUAAGAAUGGAUGCGAAUAAAAAACUGCAGAAAAGCUACUUUGAUGUGCUGGGUAUCUGCUGCUCCUCGGAGGUUGCUCAGAUAGAAAACAUCUUAAAAUCCCUUGAAGGCGUCAAAGAAGUAUCUGUGAUUGUUCCCACCAGAACAGUUAUUGUUCUCCAUGACAAUCUCCUCGUUUCUCAGCUUCAAAUAGUUAAGGCUCUAAAUCAAGCAAGACUGGAAGCAAACGUUCGAGCGCGUGGGGAGAUCAAGUACCAGAAAAAAUGGCCCAGCCCUUUUGCAAUAGCUUGUGGCUUGCUGCUUUUGUUUUCACUGUUGAAGUAUGCCUACCAUCCACUGCAAUGGCUAGCCGUAGGAGCUGUGGCCGUUGGCAUCUACCCCAUGCUUUUGAAGGGCUAUGCGGCCGUUAGGAAUUUCAGGCUCGAUAUCAACAUUCUUAUGCUCAGUGCAGUGAUAGGGAGCGUUGCAAUGAAGGACUACACUGAAGCUGGCAUUAUCGUCUUCCUCUUCACCACUGCAGAAUGGCUUGAGUCAAGAGCAAGCCAUAAGGCUACUGCUGUUAUGUCCUCGUUGAUGAGUAUAGCUCCUCAGAAAGCAGUCAUAGCUGAGACAGGAGAAGAAGUGGAUGCCGAUGAAGUCAAAUUGAGCACUGUUCUCGCAGUUAAGGCUGGUGAAGUUAUACCCAUUGAUGGAAUUGUUGUAGAUGGGAAAUGUGAAGUGGAUGAGAAAACCCUGACUGGUGAAUCAUUUCCAGUUACCAAAGAAAAGGAUUCAACUGUCUGGGCUGGCACCAUCAAUCUAAACGGUUACAUUAGUGUAAAAACUACUGCUGUAGCUGAAGACUGUGUAGUGGCUAAAAUGGCGAAGCUAGUGGAGGAAGCUCAAAACAGCAAAUCUAAAACCCAAAGAUUCAUAGACAAAUGUGCCCAGUUCUACACCCCAGCAAUUGUAAUUGCAUCAGCUGCCAUUGCUGUGAUUCCAGCUGCACUGAGAGUGCAUAACCUUCACAACUGGUUUUACUUAGCAUUGGUUGUCUUGGUGAGUGCAUGUCCAUGUGCGCUUAUCCUUUCUACACCUGUUGCAAGUUUUUGUGCACUUACAAAAGCUGCAACAUCAGGACUUCUAGUUAAGGGUGGCGACUAUCUUGAAAUUCUUUCCAAAAUUAAGAUCACAGCUUUUGACAAAACUGGUACACUUACGAGGGGUGAAUUUGUUGUGACCGAUUUUCGAUCUCUUUGUGAAGAUAUAAGCUUGAACACAUUGCUUUACUGGGUUUCAAGCGUUGAGAGUAAGUCAAGUCAUCCAAUGGCAGCUGCACUUGUAGAAUAUGGAAGGUCACAUUCCAUCGAACCAAACCCUGAAACUGUUGAGGAUUAUCACAAUUUCCCUGGGGAAGGUAUUUAUGGGAGGAUUGAUGGCAGAGAUAUUUACAUUGGAAGCAGAAAAAUAUCACUGAGAGCUCAUGGAAUAGUUCCAAGUCUAGAAGGCAAUAUGAUUGAAGGAAAGACCAUUGGAUAUGUGUUUUCUGGAGCAACCCCUGCUGGAAUUUUCAGUCUUUCAGAUGCUUGUCGAACUGGGGCUGCAGAGGCAGUCAAUGAGCUAAAGUCAAUGGGGAUAAAAGCUGCUAUGCUUACAGGAGAUAAUCAAGCAGCAGCCAUACAUGUACAAGAACAGCUAGGGAAUCGUCUAGAUGAAGUCCAUGCAGAACUUCUUCCUGAAGACAAGGCAAGAAUAAUCCAAGAGCUUAGGAAAGAGGGGCCAACAGCAAUGAUUGGAGAUGGCAUCAAUGAUGCACCUGCACUUGCUACAGCUGAUAUUGGUAUUUCAAUGGGCAUUUCGGGUUCAGCACUUGCGACAGAGACAGGGCAUGUGAUUCUCAUGUCAAAUGACAUUAGAAAGAUACCAAAAGCUAUCCAACUGGCAAGAAAGGCACAUAGGAAAGUCAUUGAGAAUGUCAUUUUGUCAAUCAGUACUAAGGCUGCUAUUCUUGCUUUGGCCUUCGCUGGUCAUCCACUUGUGUGGGCUGCGGUUCUUGCUGAUGUUGGCACAUGCUUGUUGGUGAUCUGUAAUAGCAUGCUACUUUUGCGAGGAACAGACAAACAUGCAGGAAAAUGUAGCAAAUCUUCGGCUGCAUCACAUACAGACAAACAAGGAUGCAAAACCAGUCAUUGCCGCUUAUCUGAUAACCAUGAACAUGCUAGCACAGACAAAAAAGUUCAAAAGCUGUGUGAGCCUAAAAAAUGUUCGUCGCAGAGGUGUGCCUCAAAAUGUCAAUCUAGCCCUUUCAAUUCAGAUUCAUGUUCAAAUUCAUGUGGGAGCAAUAAAUGUGCGGACUCAGCAAGGACACACGAUGGUUCUGUCAGUGAUGGAUCCCUUGAAGCAAAGCACUGUGACCAGGGUAGCUGUUACAUGGUCAAUGACAAACGUGCAGGAAAAUGUUGCAGAUCUUCAACUGCAUCACAUACAGACAAACAUGGAUGCAAAACCUUUCACGGCCACUCAUCUCAUAACCAUCAACAUGCUAGCAUAGACCAAAAAGUCCAAAAGCCGUGUGCGCCUAAAAAAUGUUCCUCGCAGAAGUGUGCCGCAAAAUGUCAAUCUAGCCCUUUCGGUACAGAUUCAUGUUCUGCGGACUCAGCAAGGGCACACAAUGGUUCUGUUAGUGAUAGAUCCCAUGAAGAAAAGAACUGUGACCAGGGAAGCUGUUGCAUGGUCAAUGACAAGUCUGAGGCACACAAUUUGUCCAGCAACUGUUGUUCAGGCAAUCGGAGUUUGGGCUUGAACACAGAAGAUAAAUGCAGAAAAGCUAGUUACUGCAUAGAAGACCAGCGAGAGACAAAAAUUGGUCAUUGUCAUUCUGUUCAUUGCGGUGAAAACCAUGUUAAGAACCACACUAACGAUAAAGCUUUAGGAAACUUGGUGGAACAUAGUUCUUCGGAGAGCCUAAAUCCAAAGGCUUAUUCUCAUCCACACAAGUGUUGUAUAGACUACAGUGAUCAGCCACCUCACACUGCAAUAGACAUUCCGAUGAGUCCAAACUUUGAGGCUGCUAAAGCUCGUACGACUCUGGAGAAGAGAGAAUUUGGUGGUUGUUGCAAGAGCUAUAUGAGAGAAUGCUGUGGUAAGCAUGGACAUUUUGGACCUGGCCUCGGAGGAGGCUUAGCAGAAAUAACCACUGAAUAGAAAUGUUUAAAUUCCAGAGAAGCUAUGAUCAUCACAUGUUCGGGUUCUAGAAUUAAGGAAAAUUUUGACUCAGUGGCAUGAAUCAAAAUUAAGAAUUGUUGUAUCAAACGUAAAUUAGAAAAGGUACUGUAUGGAAAAAGGGCUUAGCACUUUCAGUGGAAAAUGACAAAGAUUGAAGGACCUGCUUGUGAUGCAGCAGAGAGUGGAAUUCUCAUAUAAUUCAUUAAGCUUCAUAGCUGUUUCUUUGGAU